UCCUGCCUCUCUAGGAACCCAAACGCAGUUCCUUUACCCCCGCAGGAGGACUAAGUGGGAGAGGCUGCCUUGCCCACCCGCUCUCCGCCCCUCUCUCUGCAAGUCCAAGAAACCUUUCCAAGAACCUGGCACCUACUGCUGAAUAGGCACAAGGCCUUGUGUUUUGACAGUCGCACUCCAAAGCACGAAAUGCAAAGAGACAGACAUAUCCCGUUUACUGGAACAAAAGACCUCUAAGCUGUUUACAAUGAACAGUGGAAAAAGUCACUGGAACACCAAUAAAAAAGCAAGCUAGAUUAAAAACAAAACACCUAAAGUAUACAAUUUACUUUUAUUUGCAUGUUGCUUUUCCACGCAGUUGCUGCAAAUGCGGCUCACAGCCAAAGCAAAGCCAAACAAGAGCUGGGUGUUACAGAUGAAAGCAUAGCUGCUCUCUCGUACCAAUCCAUUUCAAAACAUAAUAGGGCCAUCCCAGUUUGCUUGUUGUCCCUUUUAAAAUCCUUUAUCAACACACAAUAUUAGUCUGCAGGAGUUCAAGCAGCCUGGCCUUACGUCCCUUUGGAAGUGGGGAUCAGAAAGGGGUUUGCUUUGGAAAGCCUGAAGAUUUUUUCAGUCAGAAGUAACCAGUCUGUUUCUUUCCUCCAAAACUGACCUCAUCUCCUAGAUGGAAGAAAGGGAAGGUUCUCCUUUCCAAGAUCUGAAGAACGAAGAAGGAUCAGCGUGUAGUUGCUCAGGUGAUGACCAGGACAGACAUAAUUCUCAGGAGCUAUCUUGGGUCUCAUCAGAAAUAAUCAAGUGUGAAGUGAAGGAAGAGACCUUUGGAGAUCAAGAUGAAACCAGGAUACAAGAGGAAAACGAGGCACAAAACGGGAGGAAUGAAGCCAUUCUUUGCCAGGCUAAUAACUUCCAACAAAUCUCAGUCCAGCAGAAACAUCACAAGGGAAAAAGAAAGCAUAAGUGCCCUUCAUGUGGCAACACAUUCAACAGUAAAUCUCACCUUAACUUGCACUGCAGAAUCCACACAGGGGAGAAACCAUAUAAAUGCUUGGAAUGUGGGAAGAGCUUCAGUGUGAGUAGUAAUCUUAGUCGUCAUCAAAGAACACACACAGAGGAGAAACCACAUAAAUGCUUGGAGUGUGGGAAGAGCUUUCAUCAGAGUUCACAUUUUGCUUCGCAUCAGAAAACUCACACAGGAGAGAAACCACAUAAAUGCUUGGAGUGUGGGAAGAGUUUCAGUCAGAGUUCACACCUUACUUUGCAUCAGCGAGUCCACACAGGAGCAAAGAUAUUUACAUGCUUGGAAUGUGGAAAGAGCUUUAAUAAGAGCACAGCCCUCACUAGACACUGUAGGAUUCACACAGCAGAGAAGCGGUAUAGAUGCUUGGAAUGUGGAAAGAACUUCAGUCAGAACAGGCAUCUUAUUUCUCAUCAAAGAAUUCAUACAGGAGAAAAACCGUAUAGCUGCUUAGAGUGCGGAAAGAGCUUCAGUCACACUUCAAGCCUUGCAUUGCAUCGAAGAAUUCACACAGGGGAGAAAUCAUAUACCUGCUUUGAGUGUGAGAAGAGCUUCAGGCAUAGCACAGCACUUAUUUCACAUUGUAGAAUUCACACAGGGGAGAAACCAUAUAAAUGUUCAGAGUGUGGAAGGAGCUUCACUCAUAGCACAUCCCUUACUUCACAUAAGAGAACUCACACAGGGGAGAAACCAUUUAGAUGCUUGGAAUGUGGAAAGAGCUUCCGUCAGCGGUCGCACCUUACUUCACAUCAGAGGACACACUCUGGUAUUAAACCAUAUAAAUGCUUCGAAUGUGGAAAGGACUUCAGUCAGAGUUCACACCUUACUUUGCAUCAGCGGAUCCACACAGGAGAGAAGCCAUAUAAAUGCAUGACAUGUGGGAAGAGCUUCAGUAAUAACACGUACCUCACUUGUCAUUGCAGAACCCAUACAGGGGAGAAGCCAUAUAAGUGCUUUGAGUGUGGAAAGAGCUUCAGUCAGAGUACAAGCCUUAGUACACAUCAAAAAAUUCACAGAAGGGAAAGUCUAUAUGCAUGUUUUGAAUGUGGAAAGAGCUUCAGUUGUAAAUCAAGUCUCAUAUCUCAUCAGAAAAUCCACACAGGAGAGAAACCAUAUCAAUGCUUGGAGUGUGGAAAGAGCUUUCGGUGGAGAAAAUACUUUACUUCUCAUCAAAAAAUCCACACAGGAGAGAAACCCUAUAAAUGCUUGGAGUGUGGAAAGAGCUUUCGGUGGAGAAAAUACUUUAUAUCCCAUCAAAGAACGCAUAUAGGGGAGGCACCAUAAAAACAUCACACCAGGUUGGAAGUAUUCAUAUUUCUCUGCAACUAGCAGCAAAACUUAGACAUACUACAUUUUGGCUGUCUGGUCAUGUCUCAAAGAGGAUUUUAUGCAGCUGAGAAAAUCACAGAAAAGAGCUCCUGGAACUAUAAAGGGCUUGGAGCAUCUUCAAGGUUGGAGCAUGUUCACUGUGAGAAGAGGCUUAUGUAUUUGUGAUUUUUCUCUUCAUGGAGGAGGGGAAGGUAGAGGUUCUCAACGUUCUGAAAUACUGGAGAAAUGCCAGAACUCAGUGCCAGCUGUUGAAAGUGGUCGACAGUGCUUUGAAUGCAGGCAAAAGGAGGAACUAAUAUUUUCACACUCUUCAUAUGUAAAUAUGCACUGUGGAAAAAGGACAGGGCAGGGCAUUCAUGCGCUGCUUGUGAACCCUGCAAACAUCUGGCUGGUGCCCUUGAGAAAUGGGAGGGGGCCCUUUCCUAGACUUUGGGUUGGAUUCUGCAAGUCAGUUCUUAAGUAAAGAGGGCCAGGAUUAAUUGCUUUUGCUUGAUAGUAGUUGAGUAGUUUGUGUAUGUGUCUAGCAAUGUUGCAUUUAUUUUGCUUGCUUCAAUGGUGUCCCACAUUCUCCUUGUAAUAGAUAGAUUAAGAGUGAGUAGGAUUUCCUUAUGCAUUAUUAAGGAGAUCAUAGGAGCCAUGCAUUUCUCUGCUUUGCAAAUUCAACAGGUCUAACCCUGAGCUUUUAAAAUAUUUAAGAUGUUCAAUGGCUUCUAAAACAUGAGUUAUUCCUUUGAUCAAUAGAGAGAUCCAUAGAUAAACUCUUAGAAACCCUCCUUCUAUAUCAUGGUUUGUCAUUUGAACCAUACUUCAGAGUAAAAAAUGGGUAGGAAAUUGUCUUUAUAGUGAAAACACACCUUGAAUUAAUUCCAACAUAUAGGAAGGUACAGGCAGAAGUAAGUUCAGCUAGUUAAGAUCAUCAUCAGCUCAAGCAUAUCUUUAUACAAUGACUCAAAAUCAUGCAGCAUCAGACCUUCUAGGAUACAAAACACUAACUAGGCAUCUCUCAGAAACAGACUAGACAGGCAUUCUAUGCAUGAUUCAUGACACAGAAUUGGAGCGUACAGGCUAGGUAUAUCUCAUGAUACCACAACAGGAUCAGACUAGGCAUCUCACAGAAAUAGAAUGAGCAAGUGGAGGUGACAGUAGACUGUUGUUGCAACACCUUAAUCUCAUCCACCCAUCCUAAAUAUAAGAGGGGUGGGCAGGCACAUCCUUGUCCAAGCAUUCUCUGGUACUUUCUUGCUUUAGCUGCAAGGCGGGGGCUCCUUCUAGAAACUGACAGCAUUUUCUGAAGCUACCUUUCUUCUAAUCUCUGUAACCUUGGUGAAAGCAUUAAUUCACACUCUGAGAGACUGCUCUCACUUUCCUGUCUCUGGAUGACUCAAGGUUGUUCAUUAAAUGUUAUCUUUUCAACAAGUAGGUCUGGGUUGGGCGCCAGUGAGGGAACCUUGUCGUCAAUCAUCAGAGAAACAGGAGGGGGGCGCGAUGGGCUACAUUAACCUCACUAAGCUCAGAGCUACCAGAGAUUUCUAGAAACAUUUCUCCCGCAUUUUCCCCAAUCUCCGUGACGUUUGUAACCCAUUCUUCAUCCUCCCAAGCUUGCCAAAGGUUCUCCUUGGGCCCAUGACACUUACAGAGACACCUGUUUUCAGAGUCUCAUAACUUGAUGGCUGCAAUGGCUUUUGUGUAGGAAGGAAGACUCAUGAAGAAUUUCAGAACCUUUGGCUAGUACAAAAUGCAGAGGAACAGCUGAUGAUAGUGUUGUGUCACCAGGAACAAAUUGCCCCAGUAUGUUCUGGCAUGUCCAUUUUUCUUCCUAGAGGGUAACAUGUUUCCUCUGAAGUUCUGGUUUGUAGAAGGCAGAAGCCUAAACGGCUUGAGCUGUAAUUUCAGAGGCGGGGGUCAUUUUGUACUCAGGCACACAAUAUAACAGAAGCAGAACAUUACAUGUGAGGGGCACUCAAACGUAGAAAUGGUUGCCAUUUCGUUGACAAGACACACAGAUAAAGACCGUGCAAACCUUCUCUGCACAUUGUUCUGGAACCAUUAUGCUAUGGUUACUAUUAACUAUGGUAUUAACUAUAAUUAACUAAGGUAAAAGAUAAAAUGGCCUCAAGUGUUAUCUUGUCACCUGUCAUGAAGCCUGGCCCUGACUGUUAACUGUCUCACUUUGCUGAGGCUUGGAGCUGUGACAUCAUAUAUCACGUCAUAACAAUGCCUUUACAUUCAGCCUAGCCAUCUCCAUGGUAAUGCCAAUGGGCAGUAAAUCUCUGAAUAAGGGCCACAUCUGCACUAUAUAUUUAAAGCAGCAUGAUACCACUUUAAACAGUUAUGGGACCCUGGAAAUUGCACUCUGUGAGGGGAAUAGCGGCCUUUUCACAAACUACAGUUCCUGGGAUUCUUUGGGGGAAGCCGUGACUGAAGUAGCAUGAUCCUGCUGUAAAUGUAUAAGGCAGUUGGGGUGGAGGUUACCAUCAGCCUGGCACUUCAGCAACUGUGAUGUUUUCGUUCAUAGCCUAAGCCUAAAAAAGAAUUUGCGGUAACAUGAAAGUCUGCUUCCAGCACGGAAAAAGACAAUCAAAACCAAACCAAAUGAUGUAAUCACACCUGACUGCAUUAAUUGUUUUUAAAAAGGUUUUUAAAAGAUUUUAAAAAAUAUUUAUGUAUUUCACUAUACUUGUAUGCCGCCCCAUAGCCGAAGCUCUCUGGGCAGUUUACAGUAAGAUAUGUUUUAAAGUCUUUUGUUUUAAAGUGCUUACAGUGUUUUCUUGUUCGUUUGCUGCCCUGGACAGGAUAUAAGUUCAAUAAAUAAAUAAUGCUCCCGUGCGAGUUCAUUUUUACAAAGAGGAUCAUUCCAUGCGAGCAACCAAUUGCGUUCAGUUAAAAGAAGUUUAACAAAAUGGUUACAAUUGUUUCCUUUUUUUCCCUCUGGCUACGGUGUCAUCUUUUUAAACAUUUGCUGGCAUGGAGGCACUGACUAGGUGCAAACCUGCUGAGCUUAAGCAAGGUGGUGACCCUCAGGGCCCUUUGGACCAUAUACUCUGGGACUUGAAUUGACAUUUGCCCAGAAGGUCUACUAGGCGCCACCACCUGACACUCUGUAACACAAUACUGCCCUGAGACUGUGCCUUCAUCUCCUCCUUACCGAUUGCUUCGUAGUGUCUGGGUGCACUUACAGGCCACAACCCACCCACCCCUUGUAUCUUUCCAUCUUCAAAGAUUACAGCCCUGGUUUGCUUUGGAUACCUGCUGCUGUUACGCUAUCUCUUCACUGCUGCCACCAUUGAGACUGAUCCCAGCUUUGGUAUUUGCUCUGCCCACCCUUCUUGUCUGUAAUAUCCCAGCCAAGGAUCAGGUGUGAUGUUAAACCAAAACUAUUUAUUUAAUAACACAGGGAAUAAAC